UAGUUUAGCGAGUAACACAUCUGUAGCAUUUGUUGAACAUUAUAGUGUCAUGAGUCUCAUUAAAACUCCUAAAAUAUUAUGUUUUCUUGUGUUCAUAUUACAUGUGACGACUGGACAACAAAAUGCUUCGGAUGGUUCUGAGGUAAAUAUAACCGGAAUCAUUAGUAAAAUGCCAUCAAAGGACCUCGAAGAAACCUUACGUCUGGGGGCUAUUCCAACAGCACUAGCGGGCAGUUUGAGUCAGUCCUACAAUAUCACUGAUGAUCCGUGUGCGCCGUAUAAUCCACCUGUACCUGACUUCAGGGGUCCUGGUAGAAGGAUUAGCGACGUGAAAUGUUACGAGUACAUCUGGCAAGUGAAAAUACGGGAUAUAAGAGAAAAAAGGAUCAAGAAAUGUAGUGAAAUUCAUCCAGUUCCUGGUAUUAUAGGAGGGCGCAAAGCAAAACGUGGAGAAUUUCCAAAUAUGGGCGCCAUAGGUUGGAAGCUAUUUGUCGGAACAUGGAGGUUCAUGUGCGGUGGUACAUUGAUUAGCCAGAACUUUGUGCUGACGGCUGCUCAUUGCUCAAGAGCAUCAGCGUCGGAUACUACUCUUGCUGAUACUGUGCCUAAAAUCGUUCGACUGGGUUCAAUGACAAUUGCGGAUCAUGACUUGAACGGCGUUGCAGCUUACGAUGUGGACAUUGUAAAAAUAAUUGUGCACCCACAAUACAAAUCACCGAAGCAGUAUUUCGACAUUGCUCUGAUGGAAGUGGACUUGAAAGUUUACUUCUCACAGGACAUUCAACCUGCCUGCCUGUGGACUAAACAUGAUACUAGCACGUUUAAAACUGCUCUGAUUACUGGCUGGGGAGUCGUUGAAUCAGGAAGCCUAAAAACGUCUCCAGACCUCCUUGCUGCAGAAGUGGACUUCAUAGACUCGAAUACUUGCGAUGGUCUUCUUAAAAGAUCGUGCAAUAGAAACUGGUGUGGACUAAAAGAACAUCAGUUUUGUGCCGGCAAAUUGAAUGGUGGGAAGGAUGCUUGUCAGGGUGAUUCAGGAGGACCACUCCAAGUUAACAUUCCUCUCCCAAUAAAGACUCAAGGCAAUAUGAACUACGUGGUCGGUAUCACGUCAUUUGGCAUUGGCUGUGGAUUACCAGGGCUACCAGGAGUUUAUAGUAGAGUAGCAAGCUUUGCUGACUGGAUUGAGAACUUACCUACUGGUGAAAAUGUAGCAGUCAAUGAAGUUAGUCAAAAUACAAAACAGCCUAUACCUCCACUUCUUAGUGCAUUAAAACCUGAUAAACCUCAACUCGAAUCCAGUAAGCUUACUGGAUCACCGUCAACUGUAACUACCUCUCCAAUUCUAUCAUCUCUAUCAGAUAGGUCUUCAGUUUCCUCUGCGACAACUUCUUCUCCACCUCGCCUAAUAGCUACGCCUACUACACCCCCGAAUUCUCAAAAAUUCCCUAUAUCACACACUACAACGCCAAGCCCUCCUGUCACACCAGCCCGUCAUAUUGCACCAAUACCUAAUCAGUAUUCUUUCCUAAGUGCUCCAGCACAUCGCGUACACCCUUAUGAUCCCUGUGAACCUUAUGUUCCGCCACCUAAGCCAGACUUCAGGGCGCCUGGUAGAAGAGUCAGUGAAAUGAAAUGUUUCGAAUAUAUUUGGCAAUUGAAAAUGCGAAGCGAUAAAGCAGGACAAGAAAACGAAUGUUAUGAAUUGAGGUCCAGGGGUAUGUCCUAUUAUGUUGUUGGAGGUCACUAUACAUUUACAGGAGACUACCCUAAUAUGGGUGCCAUCGGAUGGAAAGAGGUCAUAGGAACAUGGAAGUUCAUGUGUGGAUGUACACUUAUUAGUUCAAGAUUUGUACUUACUGCUGCCCAUUGCUCUAAAGCAUCGUCAAGAGAUACCACCAUCGAAGAUGUAAUACCGAAAAUAGUGAGACUAGGAGAUAAGAAUAUACAGGAUACUGUUGACGAUAGAUAUGAUGCAACCAUCAUCGAGAUUAUCAAUCAUCCCAAGUAUACGGCACCAAAACAGUACUUCGAUAUCGCCGUUAUGAAACUUGGAGAAGUGAUAGAGUUUAACAUGAACAUACAACCAGCUUGCUUAUGGACCAAGGAUAGUAUCACUAGGUAUGGUGAUCAAGCCCAAGUUACUGGAUGGGGUGUUAUAGAGUCAGGUACUCUGAAGACGUCACCAGAGCUCCAAGCAGCAACCGUGGACAUAAUUGACUUCCAUCAAUGUAACAAGCUGCUGAAAAGGUCUUGCAAUAGGAAUUGGUGUGGCCUUCAGCCUGAUCAGUUGUGUGCCGGCAAAAUGGGAGGAGGUGUUGAUGCUUGCCAGGGUGACUCCGGUGGUCCUCUCCAAGUGAAGAUUCCACUUCCAAUUUUGAAUCAGGGAACUAUGCACUACGUGGUAGGUGUGACGUCAUUUGGUGUAGGGUGUGCGCUGCCAGGUUUACCAGGAGUGUACACUAAGGUAGCGAAAUUCGCAGACUGGAUAGAAAGUGUUGUGUGGCCAGAGGUGAACGCCACUAUUUCUGUGAAUGACCUCAAAGAUGGGAUGACGACGCCGAUGUCACCGGUAACACCGAAAUCGUCAACGGCAAUACCGCCAAUAAUACCAAUACCGCCAAAUACACCAAAACCAACGACAAUGUCGCCGAAACCACCAACAAAGCCGGUUCCACCGGUGACGCUACCGACAACUACAACGAUUUCACCUAUAAUUCGAUUUAGAGAUUAAACCAAAAGAUACUGUAAAAUGUAGGUAAAGUUGAAUAAUACUCCGAAAUAAUUUCCUAUAUGAAGACUGA